AUGGCGGCCCCCGGCCUGGGGGACGACCCCCUGGACGCGGCCUCCCUCGCCACCUAUGCCCAGGAGGUGCGCCGCGCCAUCGCCACAAAAGAGUCAGAUCUGGCGCUGCUGCGCGAGGCCCGCAGCGGCGCCGCCCAGGUCGCCGGCCUGCUGGCCACCCUGCCUGGGAGGCUCCGCCACCCCGUCAUGGUGCCGUUUGGCCGCCACGCCUUUUUCCCCGGGGAGCUGGUGCACACCAACGAGCUGACGGUGCACCUGGGGGGCCAGUACUACGCGGAAAUGCCCGCGCCCGCCGCGCGCGACGCCGUGCAGCGGCGCGCCGCAGCGCUGGGCGAGGGCAUCGAAAAGGCGGAGCAGCAGCUGCGGGCCCUGCGGGCGCGGCUUGACGUCUCCGCGACCGCACUCGGCGGCGGCGGAGCGGAUAGUGCAAGCGCGGGCGGCGAAAGGGAGGAGGGCGGUGUGCCACUGAUGGAGAUCCGAGAGACGGAGGCGGAGGCAGAGGCGUGGCUGCAGCAGGCGCAGGGUGACGGCAGCAGUGCCUGCGGUGGAGCUGAAACAGGCACAAGGGGCAGCCGCAGCGGCGGCGUGCCGGGGGCAGAGCCGUCGCAAUCAGCAGCAAAUUCAAAUCACCCAGCACCAUUGUUGCCACCAGAAUCAGCCACGACAACCAAGGCAGCAGUGGGCGCUGCAGAUGCGGGUGAGGCGGACGACUUGUGGCAGGCGCUGAUGAGGGCUGAGAGGGAGGCCGAGGAGCAGGACCUCAGUGAGGGGGAGGCGGAGCGGCGCGCACAGGGACUGCUGCGCGCGGCGCGUGGCAGGCGCAGGGAGACCCCUGGUGCAGGCAGUGGCGGGGAGCAACACGAGCCCGCCACCUCGGCGACUGCUACGACGGCGGCAGCGGUGCAACCAUCAAGCGGCAGGCGUGUGAGCUUUUUGGACAAUGAAGCAGCCGCCACAGACAGCGAUGACGAGGACAGCGAAGAGCAACCGGUGCGGGCCAGUGCACGAGAGAUGCCAGCACUCGCGCCUUUGCAGCAGGCGGGGGGCCCAUCUGCACCAUCGCAGCCACCGCAACAGCAGCCCAGUCCAAGCAGCUCAGCCCCACUGAGCAAAGUGGGCCCCAAAUCCAUCCUGAAGAAAGGGUUUUUGGGUAGCGGCGGCGCAGGCGGCACCAGCAGCAGCAGCGACGGCGCCAAGCCGCGCAGGGCGCCCAGCGCGGCGCAGGCGCAGGCUGCAGCGGCGGCGGCAGCCAGGGCUCGGCCCGCAGCCCCAGUGCGCGCCAUGCCGGCAGUGAUUGGAGCGGUAGUGGAGAGGCCGACGCCGGGCACCGGCACAGUCGCGGCUGCGACAAAUGCUGGGUUGCCUGCAGCCACGGCCCCUCAGGGGCGCAUGUCGCGCUUCAAGAUGCAGCGCAUGGGGCUGCAGCCCGACGAUGAGGGCGAGGGUGCGGGGUAG